ACAGCCCAAGCAAGCUCAUUCAUCACAGACGUAAAACACCUAUAGAGGGCUCAAAGGCACGCGCGCGAAACGCGGAGCGAAGAGAAGCCAAGGGAGGCUGUUCUUCAUCAUGGUCGCAUAUGCAACCACGUCAUACGUCGCAGCUCAAGCCCUGGCGAGCUCUUUGCAGCCGCAGGUGGUGGCCGCCGUCUUCUUCACGUCGGCCGCGUGCACGGUAGCGCUCGCCGUCCUCCUGGCCUCGCUGCGGCUGCGGCCGCCGUGGUGGUGCGCGUGUGCGGUGUGCGAGGCGUACGUGACGGCGUCGUGGACAGCCGAGUUCGACAACCUCUGCGACUGGUACGCGCACCUCCUGAGCCGCGCGCCCGGGCGGACCGUGCACGUGCACGUGCUGGGCAACGUGCUCACCGCCAACCCGCCCACCGUCGACCACAUGCUGCGCGGCCGCUUCGACAACUACCCCAAGGGCGCCCCCUUCUCGGCCAUCCUCGCCGACUUCCUCGGCCGCGGGAUAUUCAACGUGGACGGCGACUCCUGGCUCUUCCAGCGCAAGCUCGCCGCCGCCGAGCUCGCCUCCCCGGCGCUGCGCUGCUUCGCGGCGGGCGUCGUGGCCUCCGAGCUGCGGUGCCGGCUCAUUCCUCUGCUUCACUCUUCGGCCGGCGACGAGAAGCUGCUCGACCUCCAGGACGUGUUCCGCCGCUUCGCCUUCGACUGCAUAUGCAGGAUCUCGUUCGGCCUUGACCCCGGCUGCUUGGAGCUGUCGCUGCCCAUGUCGGCGUUCGCGGACGCGUUUGACACGGCGUCGAUGCUCUCCGCGCGGCGCGCGACGGCGCCCAUGCAUGUGUUCUGGAAGCUGAAGCGGCUACUCAACGUCGGGGAGGAGCGGCAGCUCCGCGACGCCAUCGGCCUCGUCGACACGCUUGCCGCUGAGGUGAUCCGGCAGCGCCGGAAGCUCGGCACCGCCGCCUCGGGCGACGACCUCCUGUCGCGCUUCAUGGGCUCCAUCGACGACGACAAGUACCUCCGGGACAUCGUCGUAAGCUUCAUGCUUGCCGGACGUGACACCGUCGCCUCGGCUCUGACGGCCUUCUUCCUGCUGCUCUCCGACCACCCGGACGUGGCCACCGCGAUCCGGGACGAAGUCUCCCGCGUCACCGGAGACGGAGACGGCCACGCCGCCACCUCGGAGAAGCUCAAGGACAUGCACUACGUGCACGCGGCGCUGCACGAGUGCAUGCGGCUGUUCCCGCCGGUGCAGUUCGACUCCAAGUUCGCCGCCGGAGACGACAUGCUCCCGGAUGGCACGUUCGUCGCCAGGGGCACCCGGGUGACCUACCACGCGUACGCCAUGGGCCGCAUGGAGUCCGUGUGGGGCCCCGAUUGCGCCGAGUUCCGGCCUGGCCGCUGGCUCCACGACGGCCGGUUCGUGCCGGAGAGCCCCUACCGGUACCCGGUCUUCCAGGGCGGCGUGCGCGUCUGCAUCGGCAGGGAGCUCGCCAUCAUGGAGAUGAAGUCCGUCAUCGUCUCCGUCGUGCAGAGCUUCGACAUCGAGGCGGUCAGCCGUAGCUCCCACCGGCCAAAGUUCGCGCCAGGGCUCACCGCCACGUUCGCCGGGGGCGUGCCCGUCAGAGUGCGACGGCGAGCUCGUGCCAGCGACGAGCUCCGACCGCCAAGUUAACGUCACCGGCCACGGCACGCACGUCGUAUUGUUCCCAUUCGAAACAGCGCAAGCGUCCGUCGGGCUAGUUAGACGCGUGACGCCGCGAUCUAUGCGUUAGAGUAUUCGCGAAUCGCGACGACGGCACAGUUUGGCGAGUGCGGUGGGUUCUUGGCCUCCACUGGAGUCUGAAGAUUCCUCCGAUAAGGUCAGAUGGCCCAGCGGACGGGAUUAGUCUAAUCCGAUGCCCGACGGUACUAGUUUUCGCACAUGCAUAAUUACAAGGGGAAGGGGGCGGCUCAAAGUCGCCUCUGCAUGUCACCAUGUGUGCUAUUCUUUCCAACUUUCAAAGCAGAACUGUCGAAAAGAAAACUUGGCAGAUUCAAAGUUGCAGAAUGCAGGCUCGUCUAGAUGUUCUAGCUUCCUCUCGUGGCCAUUUUCUAUGAGGGAACUUCAAUUAUUGCAACAAGAUGGUCGUGCAGCCAAUUAG